AUGAAACGAAGCCGCCCUCAUUUUGACGCCAAUGACGAUGCGUCGUCCGUCUCCUCCCCCCAGGGUGCAUCGGCGCACCAUCCGGCGCUUAAACCAGAUCCCCAGCAGAACAUCGGCCAUAUUCCCAAGAUCAGUCGGAAGAUCAAGGCCUGCUCCGAGUGUAAGCGGCAUAAGGUGAAAUGUGAUAUGAAAGCAGGGGAGUCGACCUGCCACCGGUGUCGGCGCAUGGGUCUAGAUUGCAUCGUCAACAAGAGCCUCCAGACCUUGUUAGAUGACGAAGCGGAGUGGAAAACUACCAUCGAGCUCGCCAUGGCCGACCUGCUGAGCAAAGCCGAUUUACCAAACCUUUCAUACUAUCAAACGGCGGGUAGGGCGACCGAACCACCGUCGAAGAAAAAGGAUCGGAAAGAGUCGACCGUGUCCACGGAGGAUGCUGGGCUGGCGGUUGGACACGAUCGGAGAACCAACUCCGUAGAUAUAAAUGCCGGCGCAGCGGUAGACGGACCCGAGGCGGCUCCCCAGUCCUUUCAGCAAGAGUCGCAGUUUGCCCUCGAUCGGGAAGAAAACGGGGUCUCUUCGCUAGUCAAUGCGCCGAUGGGGAGUCUAUACGAAGUGACGCAGUUGAGCGAGAUUCAGGCAAAUACCCCCAAGCGACAAUAUGCGCCGGACAGGGCACUUGUCACCGAUUUCAUCUCCCGCGGUCUUGUGGGUAUACAAGAGGCGCAGGAGCUGUUUUUCUAUUUCGAUCGCGUGCUCAAUCGCUAUCUCUGGGACGGCAUGGCGCUUGUGCACAAGGAUCUGACGUCUGUCCGCAACUCCUCCACGAUGCUCACGGCGGCCAUUCUAACCGUGACGGCCCUCCACAUCCAGGGCAAAGAGAGCACCUUCGACACUUGUUACAACGAAUUCGCCCGAUUAGCAUCGGCGUCAAUGCUAGACCACCAUACUUUGGAUGACUUGCGCGCGUUAUGCAUCGGGGCGUUUUGGCUUGCGGAUAUCAGCUGGAAACUGUCCGGCCACUGCGUGCGGAUAGCCACCGAGCUUGGUCUCCAUCAGUCUUAUCGGAAAGCGACACAAGGCUCUCCGGAACAUAUAGAGCAGGCUCGAUUAUGGUAUCUUCUCUAUACAUUGGAGCACCAUUUCUCGAUCGCGUACGGGCGCCCGCCGAUCAUCCACGAAGACCAUGCCAUUAAAAACCAUAGCGCAUUUACCCUAUCCCCUACAGCCACACAAGCCGAGCUACGCCUACAUAGUCAGGUGGACCUGUUCAUUAUCCUCACCCGGAUAUAUCACGCGUUCGGUCCGGAUGUCGACUUGGAAGUUCCCGAGAGCGAGUUUGACACCAUUGAUCAAUAUGAUGCUGACUUGGAAACCUGGAAAUCGUCGUGGCUGCCUCGAUUAGCCGGAAGUCGAUAUGUUGGUGCGUAUCCUUACAAAGCCGUCUACUUGCACUACCAUUUUUCUCGCCUGCAACUAAACUCCGUGGCAUUACGGACCUACCAUUCCUCGUGUUCUUCCCGUUCUAUGUCUCAGGAGCGCAAGAAGCGCGCGAACCUGGCUAUUGAAUCGGCCAUUAAGACACUGCUGGUCGUCCUUGACGAACCGGACAUUCAGACCGCGCUGGUCGGUGUGCCGUUGUACCUCCACAGUAUGAUCACCUUCGCAGCCGUAUUCUUGCUGAAAAUCGCGGCCAAAGGCUGCUCGAGCAACAUCCCCGGCAGUCAAGGCCAGCAAAACUCCAUCGCAUCGGCCGGCCUGCUCAUCAACGUGGCGUAUGUGCGUGCGCUGGUCGGACGAGUUGUCGAGCUGAUGGUGUCUUGUAGCCGAAGGGCGAGCGAGCGCCAUCUCAGCCACCACAUAGCCCGUGGCUUGCGAAAAAUGCUCACCGGACUGGAGGAAUGGGAGAAGCGGAAUGCCGGUACCCAGCAGUCGGCUGGACAGCGCUCGCAUGAACAGUCUAUGUUUAAGCCCAUCAUCAUCCCGGGUGCCCAGCCACUGGGCGAACGGGACACUAUCCUUACCCAUCCGCCUCCGCUCCUAGGGGUGGCCCCUUUGUCUGCCGAGCGGGGAAAUGGCUUCGAUCCCGAAGCCGCGCAACUUCAGGCGCAAGCCGGCCUCUCGGAAGGCUCUCUCGAUCCCAUGAUGCCGGACCUGUGGGGAUUCGACGAGGAUUACUUUCCUACGGGGGUUUUCGAUUUCCUACAGUCCCAAAUGCCUGCUUGA